AUGAAGCGCGGCAACUGGGGCGGCAAGCUAGAGUUCAUCCUCACCUGUGUCGGCUACGCCGUUGGCCUCGGUAACGUGUGGAGGUUCCCCUACCUUGCUUUCAAGAAUGGAGGAGGUGCGUUCCUCAUCCCCUACUGGAUCAUGCAGCUGUUUGUGGGGAUGCCGCUGUUCUUCAUGGAGCUGUCCUUCGGCCAGUUCGCCAGUCUUGGACCCAUCACUGUGUGGAAGGUCAACCCUCUUUUUAAAGGGCUCGGCUACAGCAUGGUGAUCGUGUCGGGUCUUAUCGGCAUCUACUACAACGUCAUCAUCGGCUGGUGCUUCUUCUACUUCUUCUCCUCGAUGCAGUCGACGCUUCCUUGGUCUCACUGCGACAAUGACUGGAACAGUCCCAACUGCAUCGUUGACAGUAGGAGCGCUAACAACUCUAAUGCUACCCUCAACAUGACGAUGUACAACACAACGAUCUCAGCCAGCGAGGACUUCUUUGUGAACUACGUGCUGAAGAUGUCUGACGACGGAAUGGAUAACAUGGGUGGCCUAAACUGGCGUCUUAGUCUGUGCCUGCUGCUGGCGUGGUUUAUUGUCUUCGGAGUACUGAUCAAGGGAAUCAAGUCACUGGGAAAGGUCGUCUACUUCACCGCCACCUUCCCCUACCUGCUACUGACGGCGCUGCUUAUCCGGGGCGCCACACUAGAUGGGGCGUCUGAUGGCAUCCUGUACUAUCUGACGCCCAAAUGGGAACGGCUGGCCGACUCAGAGGUGUGGAGUGACGCAGCCACUCAGGUGUUCUACUCCCUUAGUGCGUGCUGGGGCCUGGUCCUCAUGGCCAGCUUCAACAAGUUCGACAACAAUUGUCUGAGGGACGCCCUGAUCGUUCCUCUAGUGGACUGUCUCACCAGCUUCUUCUCGGGGUUCGUGGUGUUCACUGUGCUGGGGUUCAUGGCGUACAAUAAACAGGUCACCGUAGCCGAUGUUGCCGCUGGAGGUCCAGGGCUAGCAUUCGUGGCCUACCCGGAAGCUCUGGCCAGCAUGCCGGCACCCACCGUCUGGGCCAUCCUGUUCUUCUUCAUGAUGGUUAUCAUAGGAUUCAGCUCGCAGUUCUCCAUCAUCGAAACAAUCAUCUCCUCCAUCUCUGACGAGUACGACUGGAUCCUCCGGAAAAGCUUCCGUAACUCAACCCUCUUCCGAAUAUCUCUGUGUGUCUGCUUCUACCUCAUGGCUUUACCCAUGACUACAAACGGUGGGGUGUACCUGUUGGAGCUAUUAGACAGCUCCGUCGGCGGCUUCCCACUCCUGUUUGUUGGAUUGGUGGAGUGUAUUGCCAUCAACUACAUCUACGGUUACAGUCGGUUCUCCGAGGACAUCUCUAUGAUGCUGGGCAGACGUCCGUCUGUCUACUGGAGGUUCUGUUGGUGCUUCAUGACCCCCGCCAUGUUGUUUGUGAUGAUAGUGUUCAAGUCUAUCCAGUACAAGCCACUGACGUAUGGCGACUACAUCUACCCGGAAUGGGCGCAGGCUCUCGGUUGGCUGGUGGUUCUGUUUCCCAUCUGCGCUAUCCCUGGCUGGUUUCUCUACUAUCUGCUUCGCAAUGGCGGCUGGGAUUUGAUUAGGCAGCUAUCAACCCCACUUCCGGAGUGGGGUCCUGCCCUUGAGGAAAACCGGAAGUUCCGGUACGCAGGAACUCGUCAGCUUGCUACGAUAGAGGUCCAGGUAGAGCCUGAAGCCGGGAAGGACUUAAGUCGAGAAAUGAACGGCUAUGAUCCGAAGGCUGGUGGUCAGGACAAGUUGGACAAUAGUGCUGGACUGGACAAUCCGGGGUUUACUAAGGACGAGCCCCCUUCUUACCAGGAGUCAUUUACCAAGAUGUAG